AUCAAAACAAUAUUUAUGGAUAAUAUUUUCAGAAAAUAAUUUAAAUGGCUUUAGCUGAAAGUGUUCGAAUGACUCCUGUGUCCGUGACUCCCUUUAACGGAAUGGAAAACAGUCAAACUGCUCAAAGAUCAAAUCACGUAGGCUCAGUUUUGCUUUACGGAGUACCAAUUGUCUCCUUAUACAUCGAAGGCCAGGAGCGCCUCUGCCUGGCGCAGAUCUCCAAUACUUUGCUGAAGCAAUUCAGCUAUAACGAAAUACACAACAGGAGGGUUGCGCUCGGCAUCACUUGUGUACAAUGUACCCCCGUGCAAUUGGAGAUACUAAGAAGAGCUGGUGCUAUGCCCGUGAGUUCUCGUCGAUGUGGAAUGAUAACUCGAAGGGAAGCGGAGCGACUGUGUAAGAGUUUCCUCGGCGACAACACACCUCCGCGAUUACCCGACGACUUUGCAUUUAACGUCCAGCACAAGUGUGCUUGGGGCUGCCGUGGAUCAUUCCUACCUUCCCGCUACAACUCAUCGAGGGCUAAAUGCAUUAAAUGUUCAUAUUGCGGAAUGUUUUUCUCGCCCAAUAAGUUCAUUUUUCAUUCACAUCGCAUAACAACUAACGACAGGUAUGUCCAGCCCGAUGCGGCGAACUUUAAUUCCUGGCGUCGGCACAUGACACUCAGUGGCAAUACGUACGAUGAGAAAAUUAUCCACGCAUGGGAAGAUGUCAAGGCAAUGUUCAAUGGCGGCACAAGAAAGCGACUUGUUGGCAGCAGCACAAAUAACCGAAACCAGGGUUCCCCAACGUCAUCGACGGCUGUUAGUACGGGAGUCAGCGGUAGUGCCUGCAGCUCCCCAACAAACUUUGAAAGAGACGCCAAGGAAGGCGACGGGAAGACCUCCCCGCUGCCACAGCGACCACUAGAUAGCCAAUACAACUACAGUACUGUAGCUGCAGCCGCCGCUGUGGUUGGAGUCACGGCGGUAGCAGCUGCAACCGUGGGUGUACCCUUUAACCUGCACGGCUCCACCGUGUUGUCACCUUUGCACUCGCUUCGCAAUGAACGGGAUCUUUCCAUAAUGCCAAUUUCCCGAAACUUUGUAGUGGACUACAUGUGGCAGCAGAAGGAUCAGCAUUAUCAGCAACAGUUUUCAAAAAAACUCAGUAGCGGAGACGCCAGCGAACCGAGUCUUGAUUGCGAAUCCUGCCCAAGGUCAUGGGUAAGACCCGAUACAAGUGUUCCAUUGGCUACUGGAAAUUCAGUCCGACUUUUGGAUAACCAAUCUUUUAAUAUAAAGAGCGAGUCGCAUUCAUCUAUCUGUGGCAUUAUUAAAAACCGAAAGAUCUCAGGAGUGGCGAACAGCGGGCUAAGCCUCUCCGAUUACAACAUCCCUUCAAUUCUUAACUGCUCUGCGUUUAAGCCAGUCGUCGCUUCGACAGCGAUUGUGUCAACGUCCUUAUACACAAGGUCCAGUGAUUCGAAAAGAACCAGUUACACCACCCCACAAUCUACGAGAACCACAGCCGUUCUUACCCACAACACUAUUUCAGGCUCUUCCCAACAGAUAGUAGAUCAUGAGUCCUUUUCGCCUAUUAUGGAGAAAAUACAAUCUAACAUUGAAAAAAAGUCAAUAUCAUCUGCCUUGGCCAACAGUGUGUCCAGGAAUUUCGAUGAUAACGACGAUGAUGACGAAGUAGUGGAUAUCGAGACAACAGAAGAUGAGGGUAAAUUCAUGAUUCAACAGGCUGACGCCCCUCAUUCACCAGCCGACUUUGUGUCUGAAAGCGAAAGUACCAGUCAUUCACAGUCUACAAGUACAAACAUUGAUGUAGAAGCAGACGUCGAAGUAGAUGUCAUUUCAACAGACGCUGAAGAUCAACUAGAGUUAAAUGCCAGCCGAUGCUCAAUUGAAAACACAAGUCAUUCUCUCUCAAUUUUUCAAACUGAAAAAAUUAAAAUCUCAGCUUCACCUCAAAAUUUAAAGCCGAUGCUAUGCGAUAAUGAAAUACAAAUUUCGGAGGAAGCCAAAGGCUUUAAUGGACAUCUAAAAAUCAUAACUCGCCGAAAAAAAGAUAGAAUGCAACAGGAGCGAAGUCUUUUAAAAAAGACGGUAUCCAAGUUUGCUGGCGAGAAAUCCCUUUCCAAGGGUUUAUCCGCCAAAGAAGUAUCAUCCAGCUUGCAAAUACAGCAGCGUGUUGCCUUUCCAGUAUUUCUUAAAUCACACCUGCAUUCUUUCCGGCCACAACAAUCUCGACAGACGACUUUCAGCCCUAACACGCUUUCAGAGUCUAAUAAAUGGAGUUAUCCUGUCGGCAGUAUUGGACCACUAUGUUGUUACGAAACUUUGGCAAAUGAAAAUAGUGUAGACCUUAAGUAACUUUUUGGAAAUACAGAAAUUCAGUCAAAAGAAUAAGAAUCUUAGUUUACUACGGGCGCCAUUGCAAAAAAAAGUAUUAAAAAGUUUUCAGUAAAAAAACCGUUCUUCCUAAUUGCGACUGACGUUAAAACCAGUAAUAGCUUUUGUAACUUAUUGGACCCC